AGGCCAGCUCUGGCGGCGCGCCCAGCGGAGCCCGGGCCGAGCGAGGAGGUCGGCGACGGGGAGCCGAAGAGCGAGGACGACCUCGAGGUCGAGGAGGGCGCGGACGUCGACGAGGGCGUGAUCGUCAUGUCGAGGCUCCUCUCGCGGGCGCCCGCCGGGGAGUGCGCCUGGGACGUGUGGCUGGACGCGGUGCGCAAGUGGCCGAGGCUGCAGCUUACCCUGGGGUCGCCCGACUUCAUCCGUGGCGACAGCGAGGAGCUCAGGGUCCGCUUCGACGCCGGCAAGCUCGGCUCGCUGGUGGACGAGGAGCGGAGGGACUGCGAGGAGAG